AUGAUGAAGGAAGCAACGGAAACGAUCGAGCGUGACCCGGAGCUGGCGGUGCAGCACGUGUCCAACACGGAACCCAAGCGUCGCGACGACUUUCAGCGGACGGCCGAGGAUGGAAACGUGCAGCGUGGGCUGAAGAGCCGACACAUUCAGCUGAUUGCAAUUGGUGGCACGGUUGGCACAGGCCUGUUUAUAGGCUCUGGAGGCGUUCUCGCCGAGACUGGACCAGCUCCUCUUCUCAUGUCUUAUAUCAUCAUGUCGGCUGUGGUAUGGAUCUUGACCAUGGAUCUGGCUGAGGUUGCGAGUUAUAUGCCCAUCAGAGGAAUGACAAUCCCGUACCUGGUCCAGCGUUUCGUAGAUCCUAGCUUGGCUUUUGCUUUUGGGUGGAACUACUGGUUUGCCUACUCCAUGAUCCCCCCAGCAGAGGCGACUGCGUCGGCGGUCAUCAUGGAGUACUGGACAACAGCCGUCCCUCCCGCUGCAUGGAUCACCAUAAUCAUCGUCGUGUGCGUUCUGCUCAACCUUGUUGCUGUCAAGUACUACGGCGAAGUCGAGUUCUGGUUCGCCUCCAUCAAGAUCGUCGCCAUCCUCGCCCUGCUCCUAAUCGGCCUCGUCAUCUUCUUCGGCGGCGCGCCCACCCACGACCGCAUCGGCUUCCGGUACUGGAGCCACCCCGGCGCCUUCAAGCCCUACCUCCUCUCCGGCAGCGCCGGCCGGUUCCUCGCCGUCUGGGACGCGCUGAUUCGCGCCGGCUUCUCCUACAUCCUCUCGCCGGAGCUCAUCGCCACCGCCGCCGGCGAGUGCCAGGCGCCACGGCGCAACAUACCAAAGGCCGCGCGCCGCUACAUCUGGCGGCUGCUACUCUUCUACGUCGGGGGUGCGCUGGUGAUUGGCGCCAUCGUGCCGCACAACGACGUGCGGCUGCUCGGGGCCAGCAACGCGUCGGCGAGCCCGUUCGUCAUCGGCAUCCACAACGCGGCGAUCCCGGUGCUGGACCACGUGCUGAAUGCGGUGGCGCUCACGGCGGCGUGGUCGGCGGGCAACGCGCAGCUGUACUCAGCAUCCAGGAUGCUCUACGGGAUGGCCUGCAACGGCAAGGCGCCGAAAAUAUUCCGUCGAUGCAAUCGAUGGGGAGUGCCGCAUCUGGCUGUCCUGGCUUCCUCCGUGCUCAGUCUUUUGGGCUAUCUGAAUCUCUCCAGCAAAGGGGCCGAUGUCUUUGUAUGGCUGACAACCAUCAUCACCGUCAGCGGCAUGAUAAACUGGAACAUUAUUCUCGUCACAUACCUGAGAUUUCGCGCCGCGGUGCGACUCAACGGCAUCGAGGAUAGGCUCCCCUUCAAAAGCCCCUUUCAACCGUACUCGACAUAUUGCACCCUCUUCAUGCUCAGCCUCAUGUGCAUCACCAACGGGUUCGCCGUCUUUUUUCCACACCAAUUCAACAUCGCCAAGUUUGUAACAUCCUACGCCUCCUUCCCAAUCUUCAUCGGCCUUUAUAUUGCGCACCGUUGGCAGAAUGGAAGGAACAAGCCAUGGAUCAUGCCCGUCACUGAGCUGAAUGUCUUCAGUGGGCUUGAAGAAGUCGAAGAGAUCACAGCCAAGGACGUACCGCCUGUUCCACGAAAUAUCUUUGAAAGGAUUUGGUUCUGGAUCUGCUAG